AUGUCCCACGACCAGGCUACCGCGAAAUCAGCCAAAAUACCCGCAAGCGUGGACGUAAGGGAGUUUUGCCAAGCUCUUAUGUCUUUCCUGGUGACAAGGCAAUCCUCCACGGACACACUGCCUCUGUUGAUACCGGAGGACAAUUUCGACGUUUGGUACUCCCAAGCAAACGUUCAUUUGGCCUCCAUUGCAGCCAAAGACUGUGCGCGGUACAUAUGCCGCCACCUCUUGACGGAGGCGCUAACAAAGGCCUCUGCUGUCGGGGUCAAGUUCGAUACCGACGCGGAUUCGCUGUUGAGCGCCCUUCGGCGCGUUUUUGCAACGCCCAAGUCCCCAGUGGACGCGUACAGGCAGUUCUCGUCCCGUCUUCAGCUCCCUGGGGAGAGUGCCACAGAUUAUUUGGGCUGUCUUCGCUCUUUGCUAUUGGCGGCCUUUCCUGACCAGCCAGCGAGCCUGACUGAUGUUGUUCUCGGCGCGCACUUCCGCGCUGGUUUAUUGGACGAUAACUUCCGCCGGAAAUGGAUCAAAAACCCCAACUUAGCGUCGGAGGCCCUCUUAACCCUGGUGCAGGAGUAUGAGGAACGCUACGGUCCCUCAGCCGCCGCGCCAUGUUAUUCCACCGCAGUCGCCCGGAAACGGCAGACUCGGUCAGUGGCGACCCAGACAUUCCGGAACUUCACACGUCCAUUCCGAGGUCGCCAGACUUGCGUCGCACAAAUCUCCCGUGAGUCCUACCCCGUUCCUGCUGUUACAUCUACCUCUGAUUUUCCUGCUCCCAUUGUUAACACAACGGUUGUAGACAGGCGAGUGGCGUUUCUUGUUGACACAGGGGUAGCCUGCUCUUUGCUAAACCCCCAGGGUUUCAUCCGCACCUAGCUACAACAGACCGAAAUUCCCCAUAGACACCCCCGUAUUGUAGCGGCGAACGGUAUGCCACUUUCCUGCUCGUGACUAGUCGACGUGCCAUUUCGCUUGGGCUCAUCUGAGUUUACUCACCCCUUUUACGUCUGUCCAGAUAUUCAGUGGCAGGGUAUUUUAGGCGCCGAUUUUCUCUAUACUCACCGUUUCUGCGUCAAUUUUUGCGGCCGGUCAAAUUACCUUUACGUCGACUACAAUCCCCUUUUAUUUUCUUCAUAUCCCUGACCCCCAGCUGUUUUGCGACCCAGUCGGGCUCCACCCUCCCCAGCCUUCCGACCUGGUUCAUUUGGUUCCCGACUCUCCCGGGUUCUCCUCUGAACAGAUCACUGCUGUUCGAAACCUUAUAUUCCAAAACUCCGCUGCGUUCGCAUGGGAUGGUGGACCCCUUGGUAGAACGAAUGUAUUGCAGCAUACUACCGAUACGGGUUCAGCUCGACCAAUCCGUCAAUCCCCCCCCCCGCAGCGUACCCGUGCAUUUCCAGAAACAGUUAGAGCAAACCAUCAAAGACAUGCUGGAGAAGCACGUCAUCCAACCCUCGUCCUCACUUUGGGCCUCUCCAAUCGUCCUCGUUAAAAAGAAAGAUGGAUCUUUGCGAUUAUGUGUUGAUUACCGGAAGUUAAAUGCCGUAACCGUCAAAGAUUCCUUCCCACUUCCACACAUUGACACCACCCUAGAGGCACUCGCAGGAGCUGCAUGUUUCUCCACACUCGAUUUGCAGUCCGGCUAGUGGUAGGUGGAAAUGGCUCCCGAGGAUAGGCCUAAGACUGCAUUUUCCAUUCCCUCUGGGUUGUAUGAGUUUGAAACUAUGCCAUUUGGCUUGGCAAACGCGCCUGCCACCUUUCAACGUUUGAUGGCCUCGGUCUUACGGGAUUUAUGCCCUACCGCGUGUUUGGUCUACCUGGACGAUGUCAUCGUACACGAGUCUACUGUCGAGUCCCAUCUUGAUAACCUGCAAACCGUCUUUAACCGUCUACAGGCCGUAGGCCUUAAACUGAACCCGGCUAACUGCUGCUUUCUCAAAAAGUCUGUCCCUUUUUUGGGUCACAUCGUCUCAACUGAAGGGGUUAAGACGGAUCCUGCGAAGACAGAACAAAUACGCAGUUGGCCGCAACCGACGUCAGUUUCCGAGUUGCGCGGUUUUCUCGGUCUGGCCUCCUAUUAUCGCCGGUUCAUUAAAGAUUUUGCACACAUGGCUGCACCCGUUAAUCGUCUCACUAGCAAGCAGAACGCAUUUAACUGGUCCGACGAGUGUGAGCGUUCCUUUGAGGAACUCAAACGGCGGUUGAUCUCCCCUCCCCUGUCGGCCUUCCCAACAUAUCCGAGUCAGCCUCACCUUUCAUCUCGGACAGUGAUGCAUCAGAUGUAGCCGUUGGGGCAGUCUUGUCUCAACAGCAAACCGAUGGACUGGAACAUCUCCUCAUUUUUGCCAGUCAGACACUCACCAAGGUUGAGCGUAACUACUCUACAACUCGCAAGGAGCUUCUAGCCGUCGUCACCUUUGUCAAGAAAUUUCAUCGCUAUCUCGCCGGCAAACGGUUCAUUUUACGUACCGACCACCAGGCGCUGCGCUGGUUGGAAAACUUCAAGGAUCCGACCGGUCAACUCGCUCGCUGGCAGGCAGACCUCUUGGAAUAUUCUUACACUGUCAUCCAUCGGGCCGGUACAAAGCACCAGAAUGCCAAUGCCUUAUCUCGCCGAGCACAAACGCCACCACUGGCCGCAGCAUACGCCCCAGCAACUGCGAUUACGUUUGGCACUCCCGACCACUCAGGGUGGGCGUCGGCUCAAGCUUCAGACCCCUAUAUAUCUCUUAUCUAUGAUCGGUUGCGUCAGGGUACGCCAAAACCGUCAGGCGAAGAAAUGAAGGGCUCCAGCUGGGAAGCUCGCUGCCUUUGGUCGGCGUGGAACAGCCUUCACCUCUGUGACGGCGUGCUUUUUCUUCAAUAUUCUGCCACCGACCCCCGGCGUUUGGUUUUGCCGCAUGAUGCGAUCCAUUCCACACUUUUCCGUCUUCAUGUUGAUCUGGGACACGCUGGUGAAGCUCGUACCGACAUCGUCGCGCGUCAGAGUUUCUGGUGCCCGAAUCAACGGUGGAUCAUUCAGGACAUUUGUAACACGUGCCCUGUAUGUGCCGAAGUCAAAAAUCCCAACCCUACACAACGCGCACCACUGCAGCCCAUUCAGGCGGGUUACCAGAAUGAAAUUGUUGGCGUCGAUCUGAUGGGUCCCAUGCCUCCUUCCCCCGCGGAAAUCGUUAUAUUUUGGUUUUAG